AUGAACAACCCGCCCUCCGCCUCGGUGUGGGCUUCGAGUUCUACCCCGUCUGGCUCGUCGAUUGCCGCGCAAGCGAGCGCGAGUCCGACCGCGUGGGUGGCCUCGCCCAAGCCGACUCCCUCACGCUCGCCUUCUUCGGCCGCAAGCAGCGGCGCACAUGCCUCUGCCGGCGCCAGUGGCGCUUCGCUCAACCACACUCACGGAGGUGGGGAGACGACGCCAAACUCGACUCCCACCACAGUUGCAUUGGCGGGAGACAAUAGUAGUCCUGUUCUUGAUAGCGGGUCGCACCUUCUUGACGUCGGCACCUACCGCGAGAUUGCCACCUUCCAACGCCUCGUGAAG